AUGUGGUCUCUCUGCACUGGCCCCUCUCUGCAGGCCCCUGACUGCUGCCUGUGCUUGUUCAGAGCCAUCGAGGCCACAUGCCCUGUGGCCAGAGAGAUGCUUCCACUGGCGAGAGGCUUUGCCUCUUGCAGGAGCACCCAGACCCCAGCACCAAGUGAGAAGGAUGGGGCAGUGCGGCCUGCCAGCCCUGGGGAUGCAGAAGCCUGGCACUUAUGCUUCCGGCAGUUCAAGUAUUGCACGGUGACUGGGCUGCAGCAGGCACUGAGCCAGCUCUGGACACUCUGCCACCUGUGGCUGUGGCUCGAUACUUGCUCCAAGGAGCAGAUCCUGGAACUGCUGGUGCUGGAGCAGUUCCUGAGCUCGCUGACCUGCAAGAUGAGGUCCUGGGUGCAGUCACAGGGCCCCCAAACCUGCAGGGAGGCCACCAGCCUGGUGGAAGACCUCAUGCAGAUGUUCCAGCAGGAAGUUGUGGUAUCUCUGGACUCCGACGGUCACCAGGACAGGGGCACUGGUGAGGAGGAAGACAGGAACAGCAUGAGGUUGCCUAGGGCCCAGUCCCAGAGAGACCCAGCCCAGGCAUCUGAGCUGGCUCAGGAGGUGGCAGCUAUGGGGCUCCGCCAGGGGGACCAGUGGCUGGAGCUCGCCCAGUGGAGUCUGCACACCAAGGUGAGGGUCGAGUUCCUUGGCAUCUCAGGUGCCAUGGGGCCACAGCCUCAGCCUCCCAGCACGAAUGGGCUGGCCUUCAGGAAGGCAGACAGACUAAGGAUGCUGGAGCAAGAGGUCCCCAGGGGGGCCAACACAGGUGCACAGCGGGGGCCCAGUGCUACCACUACAGGGGCCGCUGAGGAGACCACGGCCACAGGGGGCGCUCGAGCCCCGAGGGCGCCCCUCAGCGGGCAGCCCUUGGAAUGUGCCGAGUGCGGCGAGGUCUCUCCCUGGGUCACCCACUUCAUUGAGCACCAGAAGGGUCACAACAGAGAGGUGCCCUUCCCGUGCCCCGAGUGCCGCAAGGGCUUCCUGCACGCCUCCGUACUGGCCGAGCACCGCAAGAUCCGUAGGCUGGAGCCGCCCAGGAAAAAAGCCCACCCGGGGGAGGGGCGCAGGGCCAAGGCCCGGAAGUCUCCCAGCAAAGCCUCUGGCCAGCCAGGCAACCGGUGUGCAGAUCCCUCCCACUACGGGAUGCGGUCCCCAGCCAGUCACAGCCCAGAGCGGCCCUUUGAGGGCAGCGUGUGUGGCAAGACCUUCCCCUGGAUGGCCCACCUCAUCAACCACCAGAAGCUGCACGCAGCCCCAUAA